CAUUCAGUGCCUCGUCAACCGAACUAACCGUACGGCCGAUACCCACACCGUCUCCCGCCCUGUAUGCCGCACGCUGAAAUGAUUGACGACCUUCUCCGCCAAUGGAAUGUUUGACUUCUGUCAGCACCUCUGAUGAUGGACCAAUCAGCGGCCGGCGCAUGAGAUCGGGGCUGCGCUUCUACGCUAGGUCUGGCAUGAUGUUAGUUCCUGCUCUACGCUGGCCGUUUCCUGUAAUCGUACAGUGUUGUGAGACGGAGAAAGCCAUGUGUGUCGAUGCAAAGGGCAUCAGUACGCACAUUUAUUGAUGGAUCUCUUUGUAUUCAGUCCAACCAGAGACGCAAAAAGUAACUCCAGAGGGAAGGAAGAGAGAGAGUAAAGGAACUCUCGUACUUCUUCCUCACUCCCUGAUCAUUCAUUUCAGAAUCUCUCGUUGGAUGUUUACAUACCAACACUGGAUAUCACACAUUCUUUGCUUGUUUUCACAAACUCUUUAAAAAGAUGGCAGACCAUAUUAUGGACCUUUUCGAUGACACACCACUGUUCAAUUUGGAUUCCCUGCCGGAGGAUGCGUUUUCCCAAGGCUCCUCAGACCCGGUUGAGGAGGCACUGAAGUUGGCCCUCGGCCAAGUCGACCCACCUGGAGAUCUCACGUCGGUUCCCGGCGUCCCUAUGCUCGGCGAUGUUGUCUCUGUCCCGCUUCAAACUCUUCAACCUCAGCAGCCCACCCAGAUGUCCCAGGACAUCUCCGUCACCCAAGCUCCAAUAUCCAUUCAGGCGGUGCCUCAGUCUUCUCUCUCUGUUGCCGGGAGCAGCAGCGGGGCAGCAACCGUUCUCCUGAGCUCCCCGAUUGGCGUACCCGUGUCAUGCUCUCAGGUCACCACCCAGCAGCUUCACACUCAGCAGGUCGCCGCUGUUACGCAGCAGGCGGUGGGGCAGUCGGGCCACAAAAUUGUCAUUCUGAAGGGCCCUCAGGGUCAGACUCAAUUGCUGCAGGGUGUGACAGGAGCCACGGGCUCUCCAGGGAAAGUCACCCUCGCCAGAGUUCUAACAGGAACCCCUCUUAGACCCGGAAUGGCGGUUGUUUCCGGUGGGACGAUGUUAAAUGCGUCUCCUGGGCAGGGGCAGGUCAGGAUGAGCUCUGGGGUCCAAAGGCUGGUUCAGACUGCAAAUGGCCCAAUGAAGCAGGUCUUGUUGACCUCCAUACCCCAGUCACAGGUGCAGACGCAACCCGUGCAGGUGCAGAUACCCGCGCAGGCGCAAUUGACACAGGGUCAGCUGCAGACGCAGCCUGCGCAGGUUCAGGUCCAGGUGCAGCAGCAAGCGCAGGUGUCGCUACAGAUGCAAGCCCAGGCUCCAGCUGUUACAACCCCUGCAGCUGUCCGACCUCAAGGAGUCACUCUCUCAGCGAUGCCACAGCAGGGGGAAGCUAAGAGGAUCACUCUGGUGCUACAGCAGCCCUCGCAAGGCGGAGCUGCCCAGGCUGGGACAUUGACGGUAGGGGGAGCUGUGGCUGCAGGGUCAGGUCUGCAAGGCCAGCAUCCCAGGCUGGUGUUGGGCUCUCUGCCAGGCAAAUUGGUCUUGCAGGGAAGCCAGCUGGCGGCUCUCGCCCAAGCCAAAGCAGGUCAAACGGGGGCACAGCCGAAGGUGCUCACUAUUCAGCUGCAGGUUCAACAGCAGCCCAACCAACAGGGAGCCAAGUUCCAGUUGGUUUCUGGGGCAGCUAAUGCUGGUGGCAGCCCUCAGGUGGUGCAGAUUUCUCAAGGACAGGGAGGACAAAGACUGGCGGUGCCUCUUAAACUACUGCUGCAGCCACAGUCCAGCGUGGUGUCCAGUGCCGGUGGUACCAUUUCCGUGGUGAAAGUCAUCAAUACAUCGGCCGCCGGCUCUGCAGCCGGCACAAACACUACAGCUGUGUGUUCCGGUGUGCGUCUGGCUAAGCUACAGGAACCCGUGCGAAAAGUGGAAACCCUGUGCAAGCAGGAGAAGGCCAAUCGCAUCGUCGCCGAGGCCAUCGCGCGGGCCAAAGCCAGGGGUGAGAGGAACAUCCCCCGCGUCCUCAACCAGGAUGAGCUUCCUGCUGGACAGACCUCGGCGGAUCUGGAUGGUGCCGCGGGGGCUGCCGGGGCCAAAAAGAAAGGAGGAGGUGGCGGAGGGAGCAAGAAGAAAAGCCCAAGCGCGGGAGGAGGAAAAGUGGUGGCGGGUGGAGACAAGAAAUCUAAGGCGAAGGCUCCGGGAACUGGAGGAGGGUUUGUUGGCGGCAGUAAAAGUAAAUCCAAGACUAAGCUAAACACCAUCACGCUAGUGGGUAAGAAAAGAAAAAGAAAUGGAUCCUCUGACCACUCAGAUGUAGAUCUUAGCCCACCCGUCUCACCCCGUACGCUGGAGGAAGACAUGUCGCAGAAGCGGCGCUCCAACCGCCAGGUGAAGAGGAAGAAGUACACAGAAGAUUUGGACAUCAAAAUCACAGACGAUGAGGACGAAAUGGAUGCGGACGUUGACGUGACCACUCCUGUUGUGUCUACUGUAAGCCACGCUCAGGCCAUGGGAGGAGAACUCCAACAGGAGCUCGAUGGAGACGGUCUUCCAAGCAUGCAGUUUUUUGUGGAGAACCCAAGUGAGGAGGAUGCUGCUAUUGUGGAUAAAAUAUUGUCCAUGAGGCUGACCAAAAAAGAGGUUUCUCCUGGGCAUUAUGUCAAUGUGGAAGAAUUCUUUGUCAAAUACAAAAACUACUCGUACAUGCACUGUGAAUGGGCCAGUCUUGAGCAGCUGGAGAAAGACAAGAGGAUCCAUCAGAAGCUCAAGAGAUUCAAGACCAAACAGGCACAGAUGAGGAAUAUCUUCCAAGAGGAUGAGGAACCCUUCAAUCCAGACUACAUGGAGGUCGAUCGUAUCUUGGAUGAAUCGCACAGUGUUGAUAAGGACAAUGGGGAGCCGGUUGUGUACUACCUGGUGAAGUGGGGCUCACUGCCCUAUGAAGAUGCUACUUGGGAGCUGAAGGAAGAUGUUGAUGAAGGAAAAGUGGAAGAAUUCAGGAAGAUUCAAAGUCGGCAGCCCCGUCUCAAGAGAACCCCUCGACCUCCUGCUAGUUCCUGGAAGAAGCUGGAUGAGUCGAGGGAGUAUAAAAAUGGGAAUCAGCUUCGAGAGUACCAGCUGGAAGGAGUCAACUGGCUGCUCUUCAACUGGUACAACAGGCAAAACUGCAUUCUGGCCGACGAGAUGGGUCUCGGUAAGACCAUUCAGUCCCUGGCGCUGCUGUCCGAGGUGUUUUCUGCAGGGGUUCAGGGGCCGUUCCUCAUCAUCGCACCGCUGUCCACCAUCACAAACUGGGAAAGAGAGUUCUCCACCUGGACCGAUAUGAAUGCUAUUGUUUAUCACGGCAGUCUGGCCAGCAGACAGAUGAUCCAGCAGUAUGAGAUGUACUGCAAAGAUGACAAGGAACAUUUAAUUCCAGGUGCUUAUAAGUUUGAUGCUCUCGUCACAACUUUUGAGAUGAUUCUGUCCGACUGCCCCGAGCUAAGAGAGAUUUCUUGGCGCUGUGUGGUAAUUGAUGAAGCUCACCGACUGAAGAAUAGAAAUUGCAAACUCCUGGACAGCCUUAAGAUGCUUGAAGUAGAGCAUAAAGUGUUGCUGACAGGCACUCCACUGCAAAACACAGUAGAGGAACUAUUCAGUCUUCUGCACUUCCUGGAACCAGCUCAGUUUCCCUCCGAAAUCGAGUUUCUCCGUGAGUUUGGAGAUCUGAAGACAGAGGAACAGGUCCAGAAACUGCAGUCUAUCCUGAAGCCCAUGAUGCUGCGUAGGUUGAAGGAGGACGUGGAAAAGAACCUCGCCCCGAAACAAGAGACCAUUAUAGAGGUGGAGUUGACUGACGUUCAGAAGAAGUAUUACCGUGCUAUUCUAGAGCGUAACUUUAGCUUCCUCAGCAUGGGAGCCACACAUAACAGCAACGUGCCCAAUCUCCUCAACACCAUGAUGGAGCUGCGAAAGUGUUGCAACCAUCCUUACCUCAUUACAGGAGCUGAGGAGAAGAUAGUGGCUGAGCUGAGGGAAGUGUAUGAUCCUCUGGCUGCAGACUUCCAUCUUCAGGCUCUGGUGCGCUCCGCUGGGAAACUGGUCUUGCUGGAUAAGCUGCUUCCACGCCUCAAAGCUGGAGGACACAAGGUGCUCAUCUUCUCCCAGAUGGUGCGCUGCCUCGACAUCCUUGAGGACUACCUCAUACACAAGAGAUACCUGUAUGAGCGCAUCGAUGGGCGCGUCAGAGGGAACCUGCGACAGGCGGCCAUUGAUCGCUUUAGUAAACCGGAUUCAGACCGGUUUGUCUUCCUGCUUUGUACUCGUGCCGGAGGGUUGGGCAUUAAUCUUACAGCUGCUGACACCUGUGUCAUAUUCGACUCGGACUGGAACCCACAGAAUGAUCUUCAGGCUCAGGCCCGCUGUCACCGAAUCGGUCAGUCUAAAGCAGUGAAGGUGUAUCGUCUGAUCACCAGAAACUCUUACGAGAGGGAAAUGUUAGAUAAAGCCAGUCUUAAACUGGGACUUGAUCGAGCCGUCCUGCAAAGCAUGAGCGGGAACAAGGACAGUAAUGUUAAUGGGAUACAACAGUUUUCCAAGAAAGAGAUUGAGGAUUUACUUCGUAAAGGUGCUUAUGCAGCCAUAAUGGACGAGAACGAUGAAGGCAGUCGCUUCUGUGAGGAGGACAUCGAUCAGAUCCUUCAGAGAAGGGCGACUACCAUCACAAUAGAGAGCGAAGGAAAAGGAUCCACCUUCUCCAAAGCCAGUUUUGUGGCGUCUGAGAACCGCACGGAUAUUGCUCUGGAUGACCCUGAGUUUUGGCAGAAAUGGGCCAGGAAAGCAGAUAUAGACAUGGAUUCUCUCAACAGGAAGAAUACUCUUGUGAUCGACACGCCAAGAGUGAGAAAGCAGACACGUCAGUUUUCCACUCUGCGUGGAGAGGGUGGUGAGCUGUCGGAUUUGGACAGUGAUGACGACUACCCACCCCAUAACUCUCGGCAAUCCCGGGCUUCCCGACGGUCAGACCGGCAUUCCGGCGCAGGCUACGGACGCACAGACUGCUUCCGAGUGGAGAAACACCUUCUUGUUUAUGGGUGGGGGCGCUGGAGAGAUAUCCUGUCUCAUGCUCGGUGUAAGCGGCGUCUCAGCGAGCGAGACGUGGAGACCAUCUGCCGUGUGAUCCUGGUUUUCUGUCUGAUACAUUAUCGGGGAGAUGAGAACAUCAAGAGCUUCAUCUGGGAGUUGAUCACCCCGUCAGAGAAUGGACGAGAACCUCAAUCUCUGCUUAACCAUUCUGGUCUGUCCAUCCCGGUCCCUCGUGGCAGAAAGGGCAAGCGGGUGAAGGCUCAGAGCUCUUUUGAUGUGCAGAAGGUAGAGUGGAUUCGCAAGUACAAUCCUGACAGUCUACUUCUGGACGACAGUUAUCGCAAGCACCUCAAGCACCAGUGCAACAAAGUGUUGCUGAGAGUACGUAUGCUUUAUUACCUGAAGCAGGAGGUCAUCGGAGACCACGCUGAUUCUGUAUUGAGUGGAGCUGAUGCCAGAGAUAUUGAUAUCUGGUUGCCUGAAAUGGAGCAGCAGGAUGUUCCGUCUGGUUGGUGGGACUCAGAAGCCGACCGAUGCUUGCUUAUCGGUGUUUAUAAGCAUGGAUAUGAGAUGUACACCACCAUGCGUGCUGACCCCUGCUUGUGUUUUGUUGAGCGAUGUGGACGCCCGAAUGAGCAGGACAUCAACGCGGAGCAGCAAGCGGCGGACCCAGAGCUCGGGGACGGAGGGGACUAUGACAAGUACUCCGAGGAUCCAGAGUUCAAACCUGCAGCGAGACACACCAAGGAAGCAUACGAGGAGCCUGAUUCCGGGAACGCAGACAAUGAGAUUUGCGUCGAGGAACGCUCUGCCCCUGUGCUGGCCGAAGGCCCUUCCUCUGCAUCCUCAGAUUUGUGUUAUUGGCCAACGAGUUCAUCGCUCACAGCUCGACUGCGACGCCUCAUCACAGCAUAUCAGCGCAGUUACAGACGGGAGCAACUUAAGAUGGAGGCUGCGGAGAAGGGCGAUCGAAGACGUAGACGCUGUGAACAGGCCACUAAGCUCAAAGAGAUAGCGAGGCAAGAACGUCAGCAAAGGUGUGUCAAUUUCAGGUGGACCCGUAGGGAGGAGUGUGAUUUUUACAGGGUGGUAUCAACCUUUGGUGUGGACAGGAUAAAGAAGGAGGCCGAUGCUCUGGAAGGGGACGAGCAUCACAUGGACUGGACCCGCUUCCGCUCUUUCGCUCGACUGGAUAAGAAAACUGAUGAGAGCUUGACACGGUACUUCAAGUGCUUCAUGUCCAUGUGUCGGAAAGUGUGUCACCUUCGGCCGGCACGUGGAGAAGAAUCUCAAGAGAUGUCUCAGUCCCUGGCCCCCAUCACAGAAGAGCGAGCCUCGCGGACACUCUACCGAGUCAGCUUGCUGUGCCGGCUACGCGAGCGCGUUCUCACUCACCCAUUGCUGGAGGAACGGUUCGCUCUGGCGCCACCCAGCGCUGAACUCCCCAACUGGUGGAACGUCCCACAGCACGACCACGAGCUGCUCUUAGCUGCCUCCAGACACGGCGUCAGCCGAACCGAACUCUCCAUCUUCUCUGACCCCCAGUACUCGUUCAGCCAGGCCCGCCUCGACUACCUCCACAACCAGCAAGCCCAAGCGGCUUCACAGACUGUGGCAUUCAGCCAAUCACAAGAGCAGACCAGUAUCAAAGAGGAGGGGCUAGACAAUGACUCUCGGCUGUUGGGGGUGGACACUCUGUGUCAGUCGGACUCCCCGGUCACGCCGUUCGCGCACUCCGAAGGGAAAGUUGGGGGGCAAGCUGGCUGGAGCUGGAAAAAGAGUAAACACGCUGGGUCCAGUGGGAGAAAAGGAGAAAGAGGUGAAGGGGCUUCAGACUCAGAUUCUGAUUCGGACUCGGGCUCGUCGUCUUCCUCGCGUCAUUCUGGUAGCUCGAGUGAUAGCGGAGACAGUGAUGCUGAGAGAGAACAAGCAGCUCUUAAGAUGUGUGAUGGUGAUGAAGAGAACAGCAUCCUCUCACUGACACCAUCCCAAGACGGUGCUCCACAGGAGUCUCUUACCGACCCUCUCCGAGUCGACUGGCCCAAGGAUCGCGUGUUGAUUAACAGAAUAGAUAACCUCUGUUCUCUCGUUCUAACGGGGCACUGGCCGGCGGGCCGCCGUUACGUCCCUGACGUUCACCUCAGUGCAGCGUCUGAAGAGCACGGCCUUGUAGAUGACCUGGGUUACCCACGGGUGGCACGCAAGAGCAACAGUGCCAUGUCUGCGGAAUCUGGUGAAGGCCAAGACACAGAGUUCACCGUAAAACUCCUGAAGGAGGAGGGUCUGAAGCUGACCUUCUCUAAACAAGCUCUAAUGCCGAAUGGGGAAGACAGCGGACGCAAGAAACGAAAGGACCACGAGCUGGUAGAUUCAGAGGGAGUUCUCCAUGCUCCUCGAAGAAGGGACCUUCCAAACUGGCUCAAGGAGAAUCCAGACUAUGAGGUGGAGGGAGACAUGUUAGAGCUGAUGGUGAACAGGACCAAAAGGAAGAGGAGGAGGAGGAAGGUGGAAAAAGGAGCAGCACUUACAGGAAGUGAGAGAGUGAAAGUCAAAGACCUGAGGACGGGCAAGAAGUUCGGUGGAAUAUAUGGCCCUGCACUACAGGACCUGAGGGAGCACCUGGAGGAGAAUCCUGACCAUGCUGUAACAGCAGAAUGGUCCGAAACUGUUCGCAACUCGGGCUUCUUGCCAGAGAGUUUAUUCCACAGACUGUUGAGUCCUCAUGCUUCAAUCCCCAAAAAGAGCCGACAUUACCUCUCCACCCCUUCAAUCCAGUCCGACGACCCUCUCCUGGGAGGCGGCGAAGGCGAGACGUUAGUUUCCGAUGGGGCGUACAUGAUGGAUGAAGAGGACCUGGAAGACAGCGGUCACCUCGCAUCAUCUCACCACUUCCUCACCCCUGCCUACGAUGUGAAAAUGGAGCCAAGCGCGCUCGACAUGGACGGCGGCGACAGUUUGUCGCAGGGUGGCUACGAAAGCUCAGACAGAGAGGCCAUUUUGGAUGAUGUCAUCAUGGCACCUAAAAAUUCAGACUCUUCCUCGAGUUCAGAGGAUUGACCAAAUCGCGACGUUCGACGUAGUAGACCGAGAUCAUGACAGUCUUUUAUUUUAUUAUAUUCUGCCUUCAUUAUUUUUAUAAUUAUUGUUGAUGUUAUCGCUUUAAAUAUUGAGUAACAGAAUUUCUUUUUUUCUUGGGUUGGACGUCUACUGGACUGUUUUGUGUAGAGUGAGGAAAGCGACAGUUGUCACUCCUGUUUUUGUUUUCUUUUUUACAUGUUGUUCGGCACGUUGUGCAAAACACCAAUUCCAGCUGAUGAUUGAAAUGUUAGUCUCUUACCAUAGCAGGUCCUGUUCAUCCUUUAUGGCCCAGAAAGGAGCCGUUUGGUUUCCCCCCUCAGGCUGAACUGUAUAACAGUGUGCUGGAGGAUUCAUGCACUGAGCUGUGCCUCGGUCUGGUGAAGAACAUGUUUUCGUUGGAUGUAUAUCAUUUUUUGUGCGUGCGUGCGUGCGUAGGAGGGGGGUGGGGGGGAGUUGGCGGUAGGACUUGGGGUUUAGGGUUAGUUACUGAAACAUUGUUAGACAGAUUAUGGCUGUAUUGUACAAAGUCCUAUGCUUGCGAUGAUGCAAAGAUUAUGAGUUUAUUCCCGUUUCAUGACCUGACAUCAACUGUCUCUGUGAUAUAAAUAUGAAUAGCAGUCUACAGUGGAAACAUGUCUGUUGAAAUCAUUUCAUGCAUCAUGUGUGGUUUACUACAUACGUUAUAUGCCUAUAUGGGUGUUUGUGUAAACAUUUGUAUUGACAAGCGUACUGAAUGAAAGAGCAACGUCUUUCUUGUGCUCUUCAGCGCUGCACAAAUUUUACGUGGCUUAUGUAUAACCACUGGUUUAAAUGUAGUAACUUUAAUUGUUACAGUUAAACUUUCUUGUUGGACAGUUGUACUUUGAAUAUCUUCACAUACAUAACUUAAAAUUUCAAGGCGCUUCAUGAAAGGGGUAUAGUACACGUCAUUUCAAACCUGAAUUGUAUUUAUAAUGUUAAUAACUAAACCACAUCGGACCCCAUUGACUAUCAUUGUAUGAACACAAAACCAGACCUUUCUCAAAAUAUCUUCUUUUGUGUUCCACUGAAGAAUACCUCAUAUAGAGGUUUUAAAUGACGCAAGGGAGAAUAAAUGAAGAGUUUGGUUCCAAAAUGAGAACUCCGUUUUUAAAAAAAUUAGAUCAUGUUUUUUUAUGUUGACAUGUUUUAUUGUGUAAUUUUUGUUAUUAUGGCUCAUUUUUAAAAAUGCAGUUUGAUAUUAAUUGGACUGCACAAUAAAAAAAACACGAUUUUU